AAGCAGAUGAUUGUCAAAGUUUUUUGCUUUGUUACGGUUUGCAGGGCAAAAUAAAUAAAUAAAAUUAGUUUUCUGAAUUAUAAAGGUCGAGAAAUCAAUUCUUUUAGGUGCGUGAUUUUACUUUCACCGCUGCAUGAAGAGAUGCCCAUCGGUUGAUUAUCAUCAUCAUUUAAAUAAGGCGCUGAACCGUCUUCGUACCGAUGUGCUAAAGGCUGUGUUGGAGUAAUCAGCAGCCAUGUCGUCGGUGAAGGUGGCGGUGAGGGUCCGCCCCUUCAACUCCAGGGAGAUCGCCAGGGAGUGCAAGUGCAUCAUUGAGAUGACUGGGAACACUACAAUAAUACAAAACCCAAAGGCACCUCCCGGCACCAAAGACAGCGCUAAAAGCUUCAAUUUUGAUUUCUCGUAUUGGUCUCACAACCCAAAUGAUCCAGAAUUCUCCUCCCAAGUUAUGGUGUAUAAGGACAUCGGAGAGGAGAUGCUUCAACAUGCUUUUGAUGGGUACAACAUAUGCAUAUUCGCGUACGGGCAGACCGGCGCGGGAAAGUCCUACACGAUGAUGGGCCGCGGGGAAGAGGGCCAGGAGGGCAUCAUACCGCAGAUCUGUAAAGACCUGUUCCGAAGGAUCAGGCAGACCACCUCUGAUGACCUCAAAUAUUCGGUGGAAGUAUCCUAUAUGGAGAUAUACUGCGAACGGGUCCGCGAUCUGCUGAACCCUAAGAACAAGGGGAACCUCCGAGUGCGCGAACAUCCGGCCCUGGGACCCUAUGUGGAAGACCUCAGCAAGUUGGCUGUCACCUCCUUCCAAGACAUCAAUGAUCUUAUCGACGAGGGCAAUAAGGCCAGGACGGUGGCUGCUACUAACAUGAAUGAGACGUCGUCACGCUCGCACGCGGUCUUCACUAUAUUCUUCACCCAGCAGCGCCAUGACGUCACUACCAAUUUGACCUCCGAAAAGGUGUCAAAAAUAUCCCUCGUGGAUUUGGCGGGGUCCGAGCGCGCAGACUCCACGGGCGCGAAGGGCACUCGCCUUAAAGAGGGCGCCAACAUCAACAAGUCUCUCACCACGCUCGGGAAGGUCAUAUCGGCACUCGCUGAGAUCGCUUCAAAGAGCAAGAAGUCGAAGAAGGCAGACUUCAUCCCGUAUCGUGACUCUGUCCUGACGUGGCUACUUCGGGAGAACCUCGGCGGGAACUCCAAGACCGCCAUGAUAGCUGCCAUAUCGCCAGCUGACAUCAACUUUGAUGAGACGCUUAGUACACUCAGAUAUGCCGACCGCGCCAAGCAGAUAGUCUGCAAAGCCGUGGUCAACGAGGACGCCAAUGCGAAACUCAUACGCGAACUCAAAGAGGAGAUCCUCAAAUUACGAGAGCUGCUCAAGGCUGAAGGCAUCGAGGUCGAAGAAGGACCAGAUGGUAGAGUCGUUUAUGAAAAGAAAGAACCUGCCACCGAUGAGAACGCGUCCCCUGUCCGCAAGAAGAGUGAAGCCGAAGUCUUAUCUCCCAAGUUGUCCCGAGCGGCCACCACCAUAGCCGAGGAGGCGGUCGACCAGCUGCAGGCUUCAGAGAAACUCAUUGCUGAACUCAAUGAGACAUGGGAGGAGAAACUCAAGCGCACAGAGCAAAUCCGCGUGCAGCGCGAGGCUGUUUUCGCGGAAAUGGGCGUGGCCGUGAAGGAGGGGAUCACUGUGGGCGUGUACUCGCCGAAGAAAACUCCUCAUUUGGUCAACCUGAACGAGGACCCCAAUCUAUCCGAGUGUCUCAUAUACUACAUUAAAGACGGCAUCACUCGCCUUGGGACCUCAGAAGCCAACGUACCUCAAGACAUCCAGUUGUCGGGGUCACACAUUCUGAGCGAACACUGCAUCUUCGAGAACACAGAUGGCGUUAUCUGUUUGAUCCCGCAUCGCACGGCCCUCGUGUAUGUCAAUGGUAGAGAGGUGACUGAGCCGGUGAUUCUAAAGACUGGUUCCCGGGUGAUUCUGGGCAAGAACCACGUGUUCCGGUUCACGCACCCCGGACAAAGACGCGAGCCUUCCGUUCUCAACAACGAGGUGGCCGACACCGCCGCCACCAGCGACACUGAGAGUUCUGAAGUAAACAACACCGAAAACGUGGACUGGGACUUCGCCCAAUGCGAGCUACUAGAGAAGCAGGGCAUUGACCUCAAGGCGGAGAUGCAGAAGCGGCUGCUGGCCUUGGAAGAACAGUUCCGUAGGGAGAAGGAACAUGCCGAUCAGCAGUUUGAAGAACAGAGGAAGAACUACGAGGCCCGCAUCGACGCUCUGCAACGUCAAGUGGAGGAGCAAAGCGUGACUAUGUCCAUGUACAGCUCCUACACGCCUGAAGAUUUCCACAAUGAUGAGGAUAUAUUCGUGAAUCCCCUGUUUGAGACAGAGUGUUGGUCCGCGCGGGAGGUGGGGCUGGCCGCGUGGGCGUUCCGCAAGUGGAAGUACCACCAGUUCACGUCGCUCAGGGACGAUUUGUGGGGCAACGCGAUCUUCCUCAAGGAAGCGAACGCGAUCUCCGUGGAACUCCGCAAGAAGGUCCAGUUCCAAUUCACCCUCCUCACGGACACUCCAUACUCGCCGUUGCCCAAUGAACUGGCGCCAAGGGAGGACGCUGACGAUGAAUUCCGCCCCAGCGCCCCCACUGUAGUCGCUGUGGAGGUCACUGACACCAAGAACGGCGCCACGCAUUAUUGGACGCUAGAAAAACUCCGACAACGCCUGGAGCUGAUGCGAGAGAUGUACCACAACGAGGCUGAACUGUCGCCCACCUCGCCCGACCACAAUGUAGAGUCGGUGACAGGCGGGGAUCCCUUCUACGAUAGAUUCCCGUGGUUCCGUCUUGUCGGACGGAGCUUCGUAUACCUGUCGAACCUGCUGUACCCGGUUCCCCUCAUUCACAAGGUCGCUAUAGUGAACGAGAAAGGAGACGUGAAAGGUUACCUCAGGGUGGCCGUACAAGCGGUUAUCGACGCUGACAAGAACAACGCUGAACUAGCAGCCGCUGGCGUGAAGCAAUCCGCCAAGAUAUCUUUCGAUGAUGACGUGGCACCAGCCCGCUCCCGAUUGAGAGCCCUCUCCAGCCUGGACAAGAACAACGCUCUCAACUUGGAAGACCGCAUUGCUGAUGGACAGGAUUCUAACAUUAAAAUUGAAGAACUAGGUGUAAACGAGUGCGACGCGGACAGCGGUCGCGGAGACAGUUCCCUAGCCUCGGAGCUGAAGGACGAGGAGUUGCCAGAACACCUGACUCCAGGCCGCGAGUUCACGUUCCGAGUGACAGUUCUACAAGCGCACAGCAUCGCCACUGAUUACGCUGAUGUGUUCUGCCAGUUCAAUUUCUUGCACCGAAACGAGGACGCUUUCUCCACAGAGCCAGUUAAGAAUACCGGAAAGAAUACGCCACUUGGAUUCUACCACGUACAAAAUAUCACAGUACCUGUGACGAAGUCGUUCGUCGAGUACAUCAAGACACAGCCGAUCGUGUUUGAAGUAUUUGGACACUAUCAGCAACACCCACUGCACAAGGACGCGAAGCAGGACGGGCCAGUGUCGGCGUCGGGGCGCACGCCGCCGCGCCGCAUGCUGCCGCCCGCCAUCCCCAUCAGCGCGCCCGUGCGCAGCCCCAAGUGGGGCGCCGCCAGCGUGGCGCCGCCCUGCUGCUCCUCGCACCUGCACUCCAAGCACGACCUGCUGGUGUGGUUCGAGAUCUGCGAGCUGGCUCCCAACGGGGAAUAUGUUCCUGCUGUGGUAGAACACAGCGACGAACUGCCCUGCCGCGGGUUAUUCCUUCUCCACCAAGGCAUUCAGCGGCGCAUACGCAUCACUAUUCUACAUGAGCCCUCGUCCGAUUUGCAGUGGAGUGAUGUCAGAGAACUCGUUGUUGGACGCAUACGCAACACACCAGAAGCCAACGAAGACACGACGGAUGGCGACGAGGAUGGAGCCCUGUCACUUGGCUUGUUCCCGGGAGAGAGACCUACACUGGACGACAGAGCUGUAUUCAGGUUUGAAGCAGCUUGGGACAGCAGCUUGCACGGAUCGCCACUUUUGAACAGGGUGAGCGCAAACGGGGAGGUCGUCUACAUCACGCUUAGCGCUUACCUUGAAGUGGAGAACUGUGCGCGACCAGCAAUCAUCACCAAAGACCUCUCAGUGGUGGUGGUAGGGCGUGAGGCUCGUACGGGCAGGUCCUUGCGAAGGGCCCUGUUCGGGGGAAAGCAGGCGCGGGCUGAUCACCUCACGGGGGUCUAUGAGCUUAGCUUGCAUCGGGCUUUAGAGCCAGGCGUACAAAGGCGGCAACGGCGAGUGUUGGACACGAGCGGUACAUACGUGCGCGGGGAGGAGAACCUGCACGGCUGGAGGCCACGUGGAGACUCGCUUAUUUUCGACCACCAGUGGGAGCUAGAGAAGAUGACUCGCUUGGAGCAGGUCGGUCGCACGCGACAUUUCCUGGCGUUGCGCGACAGACUCAAACACGGCCACGAGAACACUGUCACGGCUAACGACUUUUCUAAGACAGAGAAGGAGGUAUGCAAUAUGGCGGCGAAGGCGGCCGCGGAAACAGCAAGAGAUGAUAACGACCGCGAGAUGGCGCCAGGGGAGAAGGAGCUCGCCAUCAAAUACAUCAAGCUUAUGCAAGGAAGAAUAUCGUCCCCGGGCAAAGAAGUAGAGCCCGCGGCGUCCCCGGCCUCCCCCGUGGACGAGGGCGUGUCCGCGGACAUGUCCACGCCCAGCCUGCUGUCCUCCAUACACAGCGCCAGCAGCUUCGAAUUAUGCUCGCCCGAACGAGCUUUGCUGGAGAAGUCGGUGGGCGGGUGGUCGGGCGGCGGCGGGCUGCAGUUCGUGGCGGAGUGCGAGGAGGUGCGCGUGUCGGCCGCCGUGGCGCGCCGCGGGCACCUCAACGUGCUGCAGCACGGCACCCACGGCUGGAAGAAGCGGUGGCUGGUUGUGAGGCGACCAUAUGUCUUCAUCUACCGCGACGAGCGCGACCCCAUCGAGCGAGCUGUCAUCAACCUCGCCAACGCCCACGUGGAGUACUCCGAGGACCAGCAGCAGAUGGUGCGGAUGCCCAACACCUUCAGUGUGGUGAGCAAGGAGCGCGGCUACCUUCUUCAGACCCUGGGUGAUAAGGAGGUCCACGACUGGCUCUACGCCAUCAACCCGUUGUUGGCUGGACAGAUCAGGUCCCGGUCGGCGCGGCGCGGCGCCCCCGCUGCGGCGCCGGCGCACGCAUGAGACCUCACCAUGGAGUCUAUCCUCGUUUAUUAAGUGUGUCGCCGAGAAACAAAUGAGAAAUAGAGCUGUACGCGCGCCGCAACACCGAUAUUGAAACGGCCAAUUCUGUAGUUUAGGUCCAUUAUUUAAAUCGGUAUGAUAUAAGACGAAAAUGCUAUGUGUACUUGAAACUAUGCUGAUAGAUAAAACACCAUUGGACCUUAAGAAUAAAACAGAUUUUACAAAAGAGUCAAAGAUUGUAUAAAGGCGGACUCAUCGGUAAAGCAUAAAGUGCCGACUUGCAUCGCACGCAGUUUUCAGCGCAUUUAAAACAUUAUAGUCUUAUAUCAUUCCCAUUUUUAAGUCCUUAACAGAUAUCUGUACAGUAACCUGAAAAAUUCCAUUUAUAACAUCUGGUAAAUUUGCUAUAAAUAUAUAAUGGACUUUUGAAGUUGACUGUACUUGUCAGUCUUAAAGUUUCAAAACAAAAAAGGGGAAUUGGCAGUUCAAUACAUUGAUUUAUUAUUUAUGUAAAGAAAAUUUCAAGGUGUUUGAAAAUAGAAAAGGUUUUUGUUGUUACUGGAAAUGAACUGAACAUAAUCAACUAUACGAUACUAAGAUAUAAGUUGGUCCAAAUAUUUUAAAGGUUUGAUUCAUUCUCUUUAUUCUAUCAAAAUGGCGAUAAAUCUCUUGGUAAAAUGACUGAAAAUUGCCAACUGUUUAUACAAAACUUUAUAAAGUGUUAAGGACCUAAAUUCUUUAAGUUAUAGAUAUUGUAUGUCUGUGACUGGUUUGGUGGGGAGUUGCAUAUAUUUUAUAGAGCUGUCUGAUGAUGCAAUGAAGAGCCUAAAAUAUUUGUGGUCCAUUGCCAUCUCUAUAGUGAAUUUGAUUUGAAUCAUUAUUUUCACUAUUCGGGACCACAUUAAGUAAUAAAUAUGAAUUUAAUUAUGAAAUGAUUCAAUUAUUUUAGCAUAUCUUUUAUUUAUUAGCGGUACUGGUGUAUGUGAUGCGUAAUAAUACUUAUACAUAUAAACAUUUUUAUAUGUUGAUGUUUGUUGUUCUUUUUUACAAUUUGAGAGUUCAAACUAAGCAUACCAACCGCCAAAUAACGUCUCAAAAGAGAACGUAAAAUUUUAUUAUACAUUUAUCGAUUUUAUACGUUGACAUUAAUAUAGCCAUCCUGCUUCCACAGUUGGACUGUAUUGUAUUCAAUUAAGUUUAUAGACAAGGAUAGAUAUAUCUGGUGGUUGGUAUAAACGAGGGUCAAUCAAGAGUAGGGAGUAGGGACCAAACCGGUGCACGAAAUAACGGCGGGGUAAAUAAAGAUAUGUGUGUAAUAUUUACAGAAGGAAUUAUACCUAUAGAGAACAAUAAUAAUAUAUGUUUAAUAUAUGUAAUGGCUGUUUCAAUGUCGAUUACGGUGGAUGCACGUCGUUUAUAAGCUCUAGUGUUUAUUCUAACUGUACGGUCUCUGGACCACGAUUUUCUUUAGGUAGAUGCAUAUUGUAUUAAAUUUCUUAUAGCUAUUCGAAAUGUUGAAAUUUUAUUGUGUAAACGGGAAAGACCGGUAAGUGGAGUGUUUUGUCAAGUGAUACCGCGUCACUUUGCCUUGUCUUCCCCAAAUGUUACUCGACCGUCUUCAAAAUCUUGAUUUGAGAGUGGUUUUGUUAAGUUUCAAGUAUCGUGGUGCAAGACUGGCGACGACCGGUGGCCACGCACAAUACAUUCGUGCAAUCUGUUGGAUACUCGCGCACAAAAUGUAUUCGCCAGCGAACUCCGAUAGACUCCAUUUGUAAGAAGAUAAGAAUUUAAUAUGACUUGUAUUGAGAGGUGAAAAUUACUGAACAUACCUAUAUAGAUUUUCUUGUAAUGUUGGAUAUAUUUAUUAAUGUAACUUACCUUGUAUAUACGUAUGACCCGAACGGUACAAUAAAUAUAUUUUGAGGCUCAAAUGCCAGCGAAGGUGGCGAAUAUUCCGUACUCGUAUGAAGUCAUACGUAAAGAUUCUUUUCACAUUUUAGUAUUGAUUGUAAAUAAUAUUAAAUUAAUGACAAUGUAGUUGAAAAUAUAGACUAUGCGUUAAAAAAAUAUAUAAAACAUUUACGCUACGUCGUAGUUUUGGAUUAUUUGUGUAAUUUAUUUUCUAUAAUAAAUUGUUUCACUGGAUUGUAUAAAGUAGGUUAAUGUGGAUGUUACCGACGUAUUUUCGAUUUAUUUGUUCGUGGAUUUAGUUGGGGACGGGUAGUUCCGCUGAUGUCUAGUCAACCGUCGCCGCGACGUCAAUGUAUAUGGUAGGGUAGCCCCACAUGCAAUGCUGUGCUGCGAACAAUCACCGUACGUAGAUUCAUAUUAGAUUACAAUUAUAGAACGCGUGUUCUAUUUACAAAACUUCAUGGUAUCAUCGGUCCAUAAAUCAUAAUAAUAUUUAUACAGAAAUUAUAACAUUUAUGUCAUCGUAGUUAGAUAAUGUAUGUGACGGUAGUUUUAUACGUUUCUUUGACUUUGUUUCGUCUCAACGAUCUGUUGUAAGUCCAAGCAAUUCUUAAAUCUCGUUACUGCUUUGAUAAAUGUUAAAUAAAAAUUAUGAUAUUGUCACUGUACUAUCGCUUCUAGGUGACUAUUUUUCAAUCGUAAUAAAUCAAGCGUACGUACAUAGAUAUUAUAUUUAUGACAAAUUGUAAGCUUAAGUGACUUUCGGUCUUUGUAAAUAUCUCAAUUCAUUUGGUACUUACAUGGGUUACGGUUUAAAAUUGCUUUCCUCUGUUAAAAGUCCAUCACCGGCUUACACUGAAUCGUAGACGUAAUAUAUUCAGCUAACACUAGGAGAUAUCCUGAUAAUAAUUUAGCAUAGAAUAAAAUCAUAGUUUUAAGAUGACAAAAGUAUUAUCCAAAUUUAGACAUGCUGUGUGUUUAAUUGAAAAUAAUAUUGUCGUCAAGAUUUUUGUCAUGGAUGUAAUAAUACGAUGUCUUAUUGUCUACAAAAAAAGUUUUUUCUUCCAAUCUCUGAUUUUACAUUGCAUCCCUCUGAUGGGUACAAGAGUGUUAACGGUGUCCAAAAUGAAAUUUUCAACUUUUGGCCGUCAUUUCGCUUUAAUGUAUUCUUCUGUGAACGAAUAAAGAGAUCUCAAGCUAACAUGACGUUAUUAUACUUUUCGCAUCUAGUCAUUUUGUAUAACAUUCCAGUUUGUACAUUAUUAUCUUUUCAAGUAACUAGGUUAUUGUAUUUUGCAUAGCAAAAUGGUGUUUACGUAGUUAAAUAGUGAGCAGGAAUAAAAUAAGGGCGUGGUCGUGCAGAAUGGACACUUGCAGUUUAUUUUCUUGGGAAUUGCGUUUGCAUAAUUCUUUUAGUUGUUAUAUUUUUGUAAAUUUAAAAUCUUUAGAUGUAAAGGCGGAGGCUGGAAUCAUAUAUAUUUUUAUAGAGUAUACUAUUAAACUGUGCUGCUAUUUUUAUAGGACUAGUUGUUUUCUGAUGUUGCGUUAUUUUUAAUAAUUUAUUCGUGAAACGGAUCAUUGGGUACCGUUCGGCGGGAUUAUCGCGUGUACUUAGCAAUAACCAAAAAGUUGCAAGUUUAAUGUCCGGUGCAUCUUUCGUAUGCUUUGUGAUACAAAAGUGGAAUUGGGCAUCAAUUUUGCUAUCGCUCGGCUAUUGCAAAUGUUAAGUAAUCACCGCGCGGGUAUACUUUGUUUAGUGCUUUUAUUAUUGUAUACUGAAUUGUUUGGGGGCGGCGUGCCGAGCGCCUGCGCGGGUUGUCGUGCUCGCGGCCAUGUUGACUGAAUUUUUAGUGAAUAGACACGUUCGUAGAAACGCUAAACAGAAACUAUUCGAACGUGUUUUUUUACUAAAAACCAAAUAAGUCAAAUAGUAAUCAAAUGAAUACCAGUUAUUUUGUUACGUUGUACCGACGUUUAUACUUUUUGUCAAAAUAACGUAUCUAUGGUACAGCAAAGUACGACGACCAUGCGCAGAUCGCACGGCUCUUGUGAUUUCGAUAGUGAUUGUUGAUUGUUGGGCGAGAAUGAUAUAAAAUUAUAUAUUCUAUAUAUAAUUUAUGAAUUUCAUUCAAUAUAUGAAAAUAAGAACAAUGUAAUGAUUGGUAAUAUUACUCAUUGCUCUAAAUGUACUAUCAAAAUAUAUUAUACACAGUGUUAAAGGUCAUAAAUAAAAUGCUUUGAAAAUU